CACUAUCCGUAUUGGCGUUCAUUGGCAUUCACAUUCGAUAUUUCACCCACUGGCCACUGUUGACCGUACACAUUAGACAGUUAGUUAAUUGAAUCAAUUAGAACGCCGUCAGCUCCCCUCGAACCGUGCGAUCGCCAUUUCACUCGGUGCACCGUAAUAUUAGCCUGCCGCUACGCUGAGCUAUGACUAUCUAAACCGGUACACCGCGAUACACAGUGGUCCUUUGUUACCCGUCGUCAACCGUUUUUGUCGAAAUUUCCAAAAUUAUUUUCAAAACGAUCGUCGGUUUGUGGAAAGAUAUGGUAGACAAUGAUGCCGCUGCGGUAGCGAGCGCAAGUGUUCAAAGCACCGGCGAUGCGUCGAGAACACCGUCGUCGGUAAACGCCGUACAACAGAACGGUGCUAAUCCGAGCAACUGGUGUUCGAGUACCAGUUUCCAGAUGCAGGAGUUGCAACAGCAGGUCGGGUCUAGGGUUAUUCGUGGCCCCGACUGGAAAUGGGGUAAACAGGAUGGUGGAGAAGGGCAUACUGGGACAGUGCGAAACUUUGAAUCACGUGAAGAGGUAGUGGUCGUUUGGGACAAUGGUAUAGCUGCUAACUACCGUUGUUGCCGUCAAUAUGACUUACGCGUUCUGGACAGUGGCCCAACAGGUCAGCGACAUUUAGGUAGCAUGUGCGAUACAUGCCAUCAACAACCCAUCGUAGGUCAUCGAUGGAAGUGCGCCGAUUGUCCCAACUACGAUUUGUGCACUUGGUGUUAUCACGGAGACAAACAUAAUACUCGUCAUCGUUUUUAUAGAAUCACUUAUCCUAAUGGAGAGAGACAACUGAUGGAACCUAGGAAGAAGUCAAAGAAAAUUUCCGUCCGAGGCCUUUUUGCCGGAGCCCGAGUUGUGAGAGGAGUCGAUUGGCAAUGGGAAGAUCAAGAUGGCGGUGGAAACAAUUGUGGGUCAAACUUACUAGGACAAAAUAACUUGUCAAGUUUGACUAAUAAUAAUCGUCGUGGCAAAGUUCAUGACAUACAAGAUUGGUCAGCAGCGAGUGCUCGCAGUGCUGCCUACGUUUGUUGGGAGAAUGCAGGCGGUACUAAAAAUCUUUAUCGGGUUGGAUUUGAAGGAAUGUCUGAUCUAAAAACUGUGCAAGAUUCAAAAGCUCCAUCUACAAUUUACCGUGACCAUUUACCGUUAUUGGGACAACUCUCAGCUACUGGUUUAACUGGAACUGGUGUGAACUUGUUACAACAACAACAGCAGCAGUUGCAGAUUGGUGAUCGGGUCACUGUAGACUUGGAGUUAGAUGUUGUACAAUCAUUACAGCAAGGACAUGGUGGCUGGACAGACGGAAUGUUCGAAUGUCUUAGACCAGUCGCUUUGUCUACGAAUGGAGGAAUAAAUACACCAGCUAUAGGCUCUGUGGUUGGAGUCGAUGAAGAUCACGACAUUGUUGUAUCUUACCCGAGUGGCAAUAGGUGGACAUUUAAUGCAGCAGUGUUAACUAAAGUAUCAGGAACUACAGGUUCGCCUACAUCUGCUGGUGCUACAGGGCCGGUCGAUGGGUCAUCAUUGCCUUUAAUAACUGUGGGAUCGACUGUUUUAGUAGACGGAGAUUUACAGAGAGUUAAGACGUUGCAAAGAGGUCAUGGUGAAUGGGCUGAUGCUAUGUCAAUGACUUUGGGUAAAAUUGGCAUCGUUCAGCAAAUAUAUGACGACGGUGAUUUAAAAGUAGCAGUUUGUGAUACGUCUUGGACGUAUAAUCCGAGAUGCCUCAAAUUAGUGUCUCAGUCCGGACAACUUUUAGGGGCAGCUGGAGGUUAUUACUACGGAGGAGAUGAUCAGCAGUAUGAGGAGUUGUUGUACAUACGCGAUGGAGACUGCGAUGAAACUAUACUAAUUAAAAAAAUGCAACUGGCCAAACUCGGAGGAGCCAACACAGCUUGUUUGGGUGAACAAUUAGUCAAGUCUGCUGCCAAUGGUGAUACCCAGACUUGUCGUCAUAUAUUGGAACUUCACAAAAAACAAGAUUGUGUCCAACAGUCUCAAACUAAUGACUCUGGUACAACUAGCUCUAAUAACAAUAAUAAUAAUCAACCUAGUUUCUCGAGAAGCUCUUCAUCGUCCGGCGCUUCUGCAUCUCCGUCGAAUGCUGCUGCUGCUUCUGCUAUUCCCGCAACAGAUACUUCCAAUGCCACUCAAGAGUCUCCUGACGAACAAGUGUCUGAAGGACAAAAAAGUACUCAAAACUCCCCAACCACCGGCAGUUCAAGUAACAGUCUUGUAAAUUACGUGUACAAUGGACAUUGCGCUCUGCAAGCAGCCGCUCAAAACGGACACGUCCAGUUGUGUCGAAUGCUUGUCGCUGAGUACGGAGCCAAUGUAGAGUUUGAGGAUAAAGAUGGUGACAGGGCAGUGCACCACGCCGCGUUUGGCGAUGAGCCACAAGUGAUAGAACUACUUGUCAGAGAGUAUGAUGCGGACAUAAACGCACGUAAUAAACGAAGGCAAACCGCUUUACACAUUGCUGUAAACCGAGGUCAUGCAUCGGUGGUGCGGACAUUACUAAAAUUAAAUUGCCUUCCUAGUCUGCAAGAUACGGAUGGCGAUACACCAUUGCACGAUGCAAUAUCAAAGAAACGUGAUGACAUUGUAGCGAUGCUGUUGGAUGGCAACGGAUCAGGAUCAGGAGGAGCCGACAUAAUGUUAGCUAACAACAAUGGCUUCAACGCUCUACACCAUGCGGCUUUGCGAGGCAACCCCAGUGCCAUGAGUGUGCUGCUGUCGAAAUUGCCACGAAGACACUGGUGGAUGGUGGACGAGAAAAAAGAUGACGGCUAUACGGCCCUGCACUUGGCUGCACUGAACAAUCACACCCAAGUCGCACAGCUGUUGGUGGAAGUCGGUCGGGCCGACACGGACGCACGUAACGUUAACUUGCAGACUCCGCUGCACCUGGCCGUCGAGCGCCAGCACGUGCAAAUAGUCAGAUUGUUGGUCCGAAGCGGUGCGGAUCCCAACGUGCCGGACAAGGACGGAGACACGGCUCUACACGAAGCCCUUCGCCAUCACACCCUUCAGCAGAUCCGGCAACUACACAUGACCGCCGGCGGUCAAACGACAGCGGCUGGUCCGUCAUGUUGCUCCACGGAAAAUAAGUUGUUUAGCGGUGGGUCGAUGCUGAUGAAGAUGGGUACGGACAAGAAAUUACCAACUGCGACAUCUUCGGGUUCGGGCUCGGCAAGUGCACUGGGAAAUUCAUCAUCGAGCUCAGUUUCCAGUUCCAUUACAUGUUUUUUGGCUGGCACUGGACGAGCCGACUUGUAUCAACGCAACAAAAAAGGCCAAACGCCCUUGGACCUAUGCCCGGAUCCGGCUCUUCGUCGGGCUCUAAUAAAAUGCGCCAAGGAUCGACAACAACAAGAAGCGGCAGCUACAUCAACAAAUGCCGGAGCGUCGACAACAGCCGCAGCACCAUACCCGGCAGCGGCACCCGGAGUGUCUCUUAACAAGAUUGAUACUCCGCCUUUGUCACCAUCUUUCUGUUGUAGCAAUAAAGCGACGCCCAACGACAACAACAUUAAUAUGGCCAACAACACCGCUCCGGGCACAACGUCUCAACAAAAUCACGCUUAUCAAAAUCUUAUGCACAAACAGCCAAAUGUCAACGUUGUUCCGUCUACUUCUUCACAGCCUGCCGAGACGACCGAAGCCAUUGCUCAACCGUUUGCUGUCGGUAGUAAAUCUCAACAAAAACCUAUCAACAAUACUGUAGCGGCUGCAGCGGCAGCAGCAUCAGCAGACAAAACACUGACUUGUUGUUGUUACUGCGGAGAGGGUGCCAGAGCUAACGCAACAUCAGCAGCUAUUGGAUCUGUAAAGGACAACACCAACGUGGACAAGAACACCGAUAACGUUAACGUAAGCGAUCGUCCACUAGAAUCGACUGCCAAUAACGAAACUAACGCUCUGGCAUCAGAAAUUUCACCGACUGCCACGCCUGCUCCGGAACAGUGUUGCGUUACGUGUGCUUGUAAGUGUACAUCUGUGGCUGCGCCUUCGACAACGUCGGUUCCAAUGCCCAAUUAUUGCACUAAACCGUCGACCAGUGCUGCUUUGUCCGCUUCGAGUCCUAAUGCCAAAAAUCACAAUCAACAUAAUCAUCUUCAUCAUCAUCACGGCUCGCAUUUAGACUAUUUGAACUCGGCUUCGUAUCAAACAAAUGCCGUUGCUGAAGCCAGUUCAAAACAACAGCGGCCACAAGAUUAUUGGAAUUCGUCGUACGGCACUAACGAUUCGUUGAUGAACAACGGCGGUGUAGUCAGACCCAUGGAUAAAAGCGAUAAUUUGGACGUCGUCGUCGUCAAGUUGCAGCAACAAUUGCAAGACAUCAAAGAACAGACAAUGUGUCCCGUGUGCUUGGAUCGUCUGAAAAAUAUGGUCUUCAUGUGCGGUCACGGUACAUGUCAAAUGUGUGGCGACAGAAUGCAAGAAUGUCCAAUUUGUCGCAAGCCAGUAACCAAAACUAUACUACUUUAUUAGAAUUUUUGAUACAUUUUUUUACUUCUCUUUUAUAUACAUAGAUAUAUAGGUAUAAUUAUAUUUAAUAUUAUAAGUUGUAUUGUUAUUUAUUUUUAUUACAAUAUGACCAAUAACA